AUGUCUCUGAGCAACCACCCCAAGGCAUAUGGUUCUGCAGCAGUUGCAGUUGCAUUCGUCGCAGGAGUUCUGUUGACAUUGGGUUUCAAAGACUUUUAUCCUGAUUUGGAACGAAGAUAUCAAAGACGGCGAAAGGGAACUGGAACUGGAACUGGAAUCAUUGCAUCUGAUUCAUCUGCAUCUGAUCUAAGACCGGUUGGCUCUAACCUACCCCCACUAAGGCUAGAAGACCGUACUCGGAAAUCAGUUGUCGGAUUGCCGAAACCUAUAAUCCCAGAAGGAAUUGAGGGGUGUAUUGGAAAUACACCAUUAUUCAAAAUCAAGAGUCUUUCCGAUGCAACAGGAUGCAAUAUUCUUGCAAAAGCGGAGUUCUUGAAUGGCGGAGGAGGAAGUCCCAAAGACAGAGUAGCCUUGAAUAUGAUCAUGAUGGCGGAAGAGGAAGGAUUUCUGAAACCUGGCCGAGGUGACACUAUUUAUGAAGGCACAGUUGGAUCAACUGGCAUUUCACUUGCAACUUUAGCACGUGCCAGAGGUUAUAAAGCAUACAUAUGUAUGCCCAAUGACCAGAGCACAGAGAAGUCGGAUCUUCUACAUCAUUUGGGAGCCACAGUUGAAAGAGUAACCCCAGCACCUAUCACUUCUACUGAACAUUUCGUCAACCUGGCAAGACGAAGAGCGAAGGAACAUACGGCCUCUAAAACAGAUUCUAGUAGAGGGUUCUUUGCUGAUCAAUUCGAGUCUCGUGCAAAUUACCGGGCACAUUUUCAAUCUACAGGACCUGAGAUUUAUGCCCAGACGGGAGGUGAUAUUGAUGCAUUUGUGGCCGGUGCUGGGACAGGAGGAACCAUCUCAGGUGUAGCACUCUACUUAAAACAAGAGCAACUUAUGGGACAAGAUCUCAAAGUCGUACUUGCAGAUCCAGAGGGAAGCGGCCUUUACAACAAAGUCAAGCAUGGCGUCAUGUUCUCUUCAACCGAGAAAGAAGGCACAAGACGUCGGCAGCAGGUUGAUACUAUCGUCGAAGGGAUUGGAAUCAAUCGGUUAACCGAGAACUUCGAAGCGGGGCGAGAAAUCAUCGAUGAUGCCGUAAAGGUGACAGACUUGCAAGCACUCAAAAUGGCAAGGUGGUUGGUCGAGAAGGAUGGCAUUUUUGUUGGAAGUAGCAGUGCUGUCAAUUGUGUGGCAGCUGUAGCAACAGCGUUGAAAUUGGAGAAGGGGAGUACGGUGGUUACUAUACUUUGUGAUAGCGGAACGAGGCAUUUGAGUAAAUUUUGGAAGAAGGUGCGAGAAUUGGGCUUGGAGGAGGAACAUGACAGCCAGAAUUUGCUGGCUCACUUACGUCUUGUACCCACCGAGGAAUGA